GGCGACUGUUUCCUCGGCUCGGAGGCCGUCGACGCGUUGGAGGAGCACAUCAGCUGUGCCAAAGUCAUUGAGGGUGCGUGAGUGCUGGGCAAUGUGUACAUCUAAUGGAUUUUAAACGAGCCAUCGUGUCGCGGGCCAAAGUGGUGUGCGUGUGCCAGGCCCUGUUGGACUGCAAUGUGUUUGAGGCGGUGGGCACCAGAGUGUUCGGCAAAGUCAAGAAGCGGGAUGUGUUUCAGGACAGCAGGAGUGCUCUUUACAGGUUUGCAGGGGUGUGUUCCCCUUCAGUCGACGACCUGGAAAGAGGUGUGCUCGUCAAUGGGAUCCAGAAGCUGUUUUGCGGCACACCUUCACAAAGUCAGGCAGAGCAGACGUGUCCCACCAGCCCCCGUGUUCAGAUGUCCACCUCCGUCCAACCACCUGAGGGGUCCACAAAAGCCAACAAAGUGGACGCUGCCACCCCGGUCAGCCCGACACAAGAGCCUCUGGGAGACAGCGGCAGCCCCGGCAGGGCGCAGGCGGACGCCGUUUUACCGCAAUCGUUGGUGGACCAGGUGUGGCUGGAGCAGACUCUGCUCCGGCUGUUGAACCUGGUGGAGCUCCCCGUGCUGGAAGGGGUGCUUCAGUGCAGCCAGGCUCCAUCCCCUCCUCCUCCGUCCAACCUCCUGGCUCACAGUAACCCGGACCUGAUCUACAGCAGCAACCACCUGGACCGGCAGAUCCUGAAAGCUUUCAGGGACACUCAGGAGGACGAGUGGCUCAUUGCAGCUCUGGACUGUCUGGACUUCCUGCCUGAUCAGCCAGUGGUGGAACUGAGCAGGGAGCUGCCUGACUGUUUCCCGCCAGAUGAGGACGGCUGUGACCAAGCGCCAGCUGGUAGCGGUUCACAAGACGGAGUGCAGCCUCCGAGGUCCAUGUCCACUCAAGUCCGCCACAUCUACGAGCGGCCGCGUCUCUCCUCGAGCGGGCAGGCCCACUGCAAGCGGCUGCUGUACGGGACUCUGGCGAAACACUACGGCCACACAGACCGACCUCCGCUGCUGCCCCAGCACAUGGCCGACGUCUACACGGCCAUCACCGACCUGCUGGUGAACGCUAAACUGUCCACGGCUCUUGAAGCGCUGCAGUUGUGCCUGAAGCUGCUUCCUCCGGGCCACAGAGAUGAGCUGUGCGCGCUGCUCACGUUCAUGGCUCUGGCAGCAGACCCGCAAGGGAUGAAACUGGAUAAGGAGAUGGAGAACAGACAGGCGGUGAAGAGGUCUUUCUCCAGGGCAGUCCUCCACAGCAGGGUUCUUUCAAAGGAGAAGGAGGACCUGAUGGUGGUCUUCUUGCUCAGCAACAUAAAGGACAUUUUUAAGAUACCGGGGACCCUGCACAAAGGAGUGAGCGAAAAGCUGGCCAGCCUGGCACAGGGGAAGCAGCCCGAUGUGACCGGCUUCACAUUCUGCCAGCCGGUCUCUCACGGGGCUUACAACGAGUCUACGAAGAAGACCACCAACGAGGAGCUGCGGAUUCUUCUGGGCGGCAUCCAUCAGAACCCAAAGAUCUCUGCCAAGGAGAGAAAGCGGCUACUCAGACAGUUCUAUCAAGCACACCCGGAGAUAUUUAACCAGUACUUUGGUGAACACGCUGUUAGCGUGCUGUAGUCGUCUGGAGUUUUUUGUAGCUUUUUACGGUCUUAGGCUGUACGAUUCGCAAGUAGAUUGCGUUGAAUGAUUAGUUGGAAAAUACCUUCAGCAUGGGAUUGCACCUUUAUGUGUAUGUUUGCCUUAUUGUCAAAAUAAACUGUGGAUAUAUA